CGACCAACCAGAAAUGGAGCUCCAGGUGACCUACCGCAGCGAGCUGGAGCUCCUCACGUGCAAAUCCCCGACCUCCGAACUCAAGUACCGCGUCUUCCAAAUCUACGGCCAGAAGUACGUCAAACUCCUCAACCCCACCGGCGACCCGGAGCCCUCCACCGAGGUCUUCGUCUCCAACAUCCCGCGCAGCAUCUCCGUGGACUCCCUGUUCAAGUUCUUCGCGCGCUGCGGCGACAUCUACCAGAUCCGCCUCCUCAUGGACUUCAGCGGCUGCAACCGGGGCAAGUGCUUCGUGCAGUACCAGCGGGUGCGGGCCAGCCGGGAGGCGAUUUGCUGCCUCCACGACGAACACAUCGACGAGGAGCACAGGAUCGUGGUGAAGCUGUCGCUGAAUAACAAUCGGCUGAUCCUGAAGUCGAUUCCGGAGUGGGUGUCGGAGCAGUUCGUGAGGGACGUCGUGGUGCGGGUGAUGGGGGAAGGGUUGACGGGGAUCGCGAUAAAAAAGUCGAGGGUGCCGUAUAAGAAUUAUUGCUUUUGUACGUAUCGGGAUCACCAGUUUGCGAUUAUGGCGCAUAAGAAGUCGUGGCCGUUUUUGAAUGUUGCGGGGAUGGUCAUUGAUGUGCACUGGGCUGUGCCGAAGCUGUUGAGAUACAGUACGAACUUAUAUUUCACCAACUUUUCGCCCGACUUGACGAAAAAAGACCUCUUCGACGCCCUCAUUGGAAUAAUCGAUGCGAAAACCUUGGUCCAGUUUCGCAUUAGCAGCAAAUUUUAUGGAUACAUCACGUUCGUGAAUUAUCAAGAAAUGGUAAAAGCGGAAACUCGACUCAAAAACAACUUUGGCCUCCACGGACGUACAAUAAACUUCAGUCGCGUUCCCUACGCAAUUCGUAACCAGCUUCAGCAAUACAGCCGAGAUUAUUACAAACACGUUGGUCCUGUGGUGCUACGGAGCGCAGUUCGGGCCACAAAUUCGUUGCCUCUUUUUGGUUGUUACUCCGUCGCGAAUCAGCCGUCAAGAAUACCCAUAAAUGUGCCCAUUUUUAUGUCUCCAGUUCCUGCUAUUUCGCCGUAUCCGUUCUAUAAUUCAUUGCGACUUCUGCCACCACACUAACUAGAAUGUGGAAAUUAAAUAAGAAUUGAAAGAAUUGUUAUUUUUUUACUGUUU